GUUAUUUUCUCCUGGAUAGGCAUGAUUCGGUCAUUCUCUAUGGGCAUUUGUACUGCAGAUUCGAGGACAAGAAUCUGUCUGGAUGUCGACAUGCCCAGCAGACUUCAAGUAGUGGACAGAAUGCGACAAGUUGGUAUCACCUAAGUACGCCUGUAGCACACAUGCAACGAGACCUCCUAGCUUUCACUAACAGCGUCAUACAAUUGACCGUCCGCAUUGCAAAUGAAGAGUUUUCCACAGCCCUCUCCACUUUAAUGUCCCCCGAGAUGGAAAUGGCAAAAUCCUGUCAUUCCAUCCCAGUAGCAUCGUGGAAAACAAAGUGCUCAGCUCUGAUAGAGUUACGAAACCAGCACUCCUCCUGUCGGCGAUGAAAACUCUGCAUUAGAUCUUGGAUGGAAUUCGCCUGGGCCACAUUAAAGUCACCACGGCCCACGCUUUAGAUCUUAUCACGACCUCCUACCUUCCUUCCAGUGGCCAAUUCUCCGACCCCAUCUAAAUGUUACCAAUGGUUACAUGGCUGUCUUCUGUCAAAUCCAAGUUCUUCUGCAACAUCUAACCUUACUCCAUUUACGGAGCCGGUGGCCUCGUAAGAUGGACUGUGGCCUUCGGCUCAGCUUUGACGACUCACUCAUUGACCGAGGCAGCAACCUCAUCGCGCAGAAGGUCGACGCAGUUCAUGCAGCGCUGGAGAAAGUCGGGUUCCCAAAAAGGAGGGUGACAAUCGGCCAGAUCGGCUGGCCUUCUGCCGGAGAUGGCAUCGAUGCCACCGUGACAUAAUGAGAAUCUGGUGGCCAUAGCCCAUGGAUUGAUCACGGUCAAGCCUGAGGCCUACAUCUCGUGCUCGUACAACUCGAGCGAGAUUUAGAAGCCCAAAGGUUUUCAGGAGCACUUGGGCCUCUUCGACCGCCACGACUUUCUGCCCGUUUACUUUUUGGAUUUUGGCAACCUCGUGACGCAGACUAACAGAUGCACAGAAGGCAUGAUGAAUAUGGCCAACCAGUCCGAAGUCUCUGAUAACAGCUCUAGUCCUUCAUCAUGCUGCCCAAUUGCAGCCUGGUUCUGUACCACGGCCAGGCCUUUAUUUGGGAGAGUGGAACGACUGGUUCUUGUCUGAUCAUGCGAGACGAAGGCAACACUCUGGUGUACGGGGAAGGAAUAGUGCGGUGGUCCUCGGGAACUUGGGAACUUUAAGUCAUGUAUAAUGAAGAGCGGCAAGCCAUCUGGAAGAAGAACACAGGGGAUUUUUAAUACUCGAAGUUUCAAUUAAGUAUAUGAAGUUUGCGAUUAAGAAAAAAUCUGAGAGACUCAAUGGAAAAUUUGAUGGUUGCAACUUUACAUUACAGCAUGCUAAGAAACAGAUUACAAAUUUUCGAACACUUUCUAGACAUAUUGGUGAUGAGGACAAUAUCUUCGAAUUAUGAAUGGGAGAUAGCUAAAUCCUGUGAGGUGGCCAGCUUCGUGGCCACUCUUCCAUAACUCGAUGAGUAGAUUCAAGUGAUGUCAUUCUGUGCUGAAUAUAUGUCAUAUUUCAGCAUUAAGGUCUUUCUUCUU